GGGCCGGCGGCAGCUGAGCGAGCGGGCCAGCGCGCAGAUAUUCUAGUUUUUUCCACAUAUUUUUACAAUCGGAAGACCAAAACUGGACAGAAUACCUCAGUACUGUAAAGACCAAUCUUGUCUGCCUGACUCAAACAGCUGAAAAUGGCCUUGAAUUUCUGUUGGAUGCUUUUUACAUUCUGGGUGUUUAUUUUUUCAAGUGCAGUUCCUCUCCAGGGAGAUCAGCAGAUGAUUCUCCUGGUUUCGUUUGAUGGAUUCCGCUGGGAUUACAUAUAUAAAGCCCCAACACCCAAUUUUCAUUAUUUCAUGGAACACGGUGUUCACGUUAAACACGUUACUAAUGUUUUCAUUACAAAAACCUAUCCGAAUCAUUAUACUUUAGUGACUGGUCUGUAUGCUGAGAGUCAUGGCAUAGUUGCUAAUGAAAUGUAUGAUCCUCUCCUGAACCAAACCUUCUCCUUGGAUCACAUGAACAUCUCCGAAUCUAAGUUUUGGGAAGAAGCAACUCCGAUUUGGAUCACAAACCAAAGGGAAGGACAUAGAAGUGGCGCAGCAAUGUGGCCCGGGACAGACGUGAAAAUACAUAAAACUUUCCCAACUCAUUAUAUGCCUUACAACGAGUCUGUUUCAUUUGAAAACAGAGUUACCAAAAUUAUAGAGUGGUUUACUUUAAAGGAGCCAAUAAAUUUGGGUCUCCUGUACUGGGAGGAUCCUGAUGAAAUGGGCCAUCAUUUAGGCCCUGACAACACACUCAUGGAAGCAGUCAUCUCCGAUAUCGAUGACAAACUGGGAUAUCUGAUGGCAAAAAUUAAGAAAGCCAAGUUAUGGGACAAGGUGAACCUCAUAAUCACAAGUGAUCAUGGGAUGACAGAGUGUUCUGCGAAGCGGAUCAUAGAACUCGACCAGUAUGUGGACCAAGACCACUAUAUCCUGGUUGACAAUUCUCCAGUAGCCGCCAUUCUGCCUAAGGAAGGUAAAUUUGAUGAAGUAUAUAAAGCCCUGCUGAAUGCUCAUCCUAAUCUAACUGUUUACAGAAAGGAGGAUAUUCCAGAGAGAUUACACUACAAACACAACCAUAAAAUUCAACCAAUAUUAGCAGUGGCUGACAAAGGAUGGGCAAUCUUACAGAAUAAAUCAGACACAUUUUUGUUGGGUAACCAUGGCUAUGAUAACUCAUUCAUGGAAAUGCAUCCAAUCUUCCUGGCCCAUGGUCCUGCCUUCAAAAAGCAUUAUUUCAAAGAAACUAUGAAUUCUACAGACUUGUACCCUUUGUUGUGCCAUCUCCUUGGUAUUACGCCCAUGCCGAACAAUGGCUCUUUCAACAGUGUACGGGAUAUGCUUGAAACAGUAAUUCCAAGAGUUCCAUUGACAACUGCGCAUCCAAAUGCUAGUGUAAAGCCAAGAAUUUAUGAACAGGAGGAGUCAUAUGCUUAUUUUAUAGGAGUCGUUCUUGGUAGCAUUAUAGUUAUUGUGUUUCUUCUGGUUUUUAUUAAACACUUAACUCGCAGUCAGAUACCUACCAUACAAGACCUACAUGCUGAAAUAGCUCAACCAUUACUGCAAGCCUAGCAUUGACUCGCCACACUAGUUCUGCUGGAUAACUCUUUCCUCGUUUAAAUGCUUCCAGUUCUAAGACUCUAAUUUCAGUCAUUUGCACAAAUAGCUCACUAAGCACCCAUAGGCAUAUUUACAGAUGAUCAUCACCUGUGUAGAAUUAAAACAUAAAAACACGCUUGUGUUGUCCUCUGACAAGCAUUUGAGGUUAACCGUCACCAUUAGCCAGUCUGUGCAAUAUGAUAUACGGUAUUAAUAUAUGUAUAGACAUAGUGACCUUAAAUUCUCAAAUCCUUAAUUAGUGUAAUAUAAUCUAUCACUUUCUGACAACCUAAAUAACUUUAUAGAUCUAUCUCAGAAUGGUGUUUUUUGCCUGGAAGUUAACAAUGUUCCAGUAUUUGCCUUUUGAAGGGGUUUUGAGCUUAAAAUAUCUAGAAGAAUGUCAUGUGGAAAUCAAUAUGAUUUAUCAGUUAUUGGAUGUAAAAUUAAAACCGUUCUUUGCUUAGUUAUGUGAGAGCUGAUGACUAAUUGGGAAAAGUAUUCAAAAUACUAGACCUUCUUGCCUAAUUCAGAAAUCACAGCAUAUAUAUACAAUUGAUUGAUUACACUGUGUAUUACAAAAUCAUGCCCAUUAAUUGGCUUUGUGAGUUGUUUUUACAAACUUGUCACUAUCAUCUAAUAGCAAUGAGUCUCAUUCUGUUUUUUAAAAAAUGUCCUCAUUUCUUUAUAACAGUAGUUAUGUUUAAAAGUAGUCAUGUGACUUAGAAACUUAGGGGUUAUUUUCUGAUGUUCUAAAAUAUUUUUCUUCUUACAAAGGUAGUACAUUCUUGUCAUUAUUAGCCAUUUCUUCAUAGAAGCUAAAUGGAGGUAAAAAUCAAUGAAUAAUAUCCUGAAAAACAGCUCUAGUAAAAUCCUCAAGAGCAUUAUAAUUUUUCUAUACAAUCCUAGUACAGAUUUAACACAUUUUUGAUUUCUAGUUUUUAAAGAAUGCCCAUUCAUUUAAAAGAAAAGAUCAACCAAUUUUUCAGAAAAGGUGUGGAUUAUUUCAUCGCAGAAUGUGAGUCCUUGGAAAUAAACCUGAAUUAAGUUUAUAGUGAGAGGAAAAUGUUUAAUGCAUUUACUUAUUGAUUAAAAAUAAACUGUGAACUGUAACCUAGCGCUAAAGGUGAAAAUUGUAGUGUAAAAAACAAAGUAAGAGCAUGCUAGGAACAAUAACAGCAUAUUCAUGUUCUCUUAGAUCUGUGAAUAGUUUUUAUUUUAUUAAUGUCAGAAUUUACCUUAAAUGUUAGCACUUUAAUGGUGGUUGACAGCCUUAUAAAAUUAUGCCAGUACCUAUUCUAACUGUUUAUAAGCCUGGAUGUUAUCAACCUUCUCAGAAUCCUAGUGUGGGUUUGGCAUCUUGGAAUGUGAAUGUGCACCCAAAACUGACUUUAUGCCUCUGACUCCAGGAUUGUAAUUUUUGUAUUGAUAUGCAACUCUUCAGAGGGGAUUACUUGCUUUGAGUGUGAAGUGUUCAGUCGUUUCCUGCAUAUUCAAAUUGACCUAGAAACCACUUCUUUGUUCAAGCUGCUACGGGGUGUAAGUUCCUUCAAGACUGCAAAGAGAAAGUAAAAGCUGUAAGUUUUAUACAGUGAUUAAAAAGUCUGAUAUCCAAA